AUGUCUAUGAGCGACGAAUCCGCGUCUCUCGCUGCUGUUUUAAUCGAUGAAUUGAUGAAUCAAGAAAGCGAUAUUAGAUUGAAUUCCAUGCGACAACUGUCUACUAUUGCACGUGCGCUUGGUGUGGAGAGAACUCGGACAGAGUUCAUUCAAUAUAUCAAAGAGAAUUUUGAUGACGAGGAUGAUGAGGAAGUUCUUCUUGAAAUGGCUCAACAGUUGGGAGUGUUUAUUACAUAUGUGGGAGGAGUUGAACAUGCUACUGUCUUACUUCCGCCGUUGGAAGGUCUUUGUAGUGUUGGAGAGACUUUUGUUAGGGACAAAGCAGUUGAGUCAUUGUGCAAAAUAGGAUCUCAAAUGAGGGAACCAGACUUGAUCGAAUCGUUUAUUCCACUGCUGAAGAAACUGGCAGCUGAUAAGGAGUGGACUGCUCAAAGUUCUUCAAGCGGAUUAUUUCACAUUGCUUACCCGAACGCCCCAGAGCCUUUAAGAAAGGAACUAAGAACUCUAUACAACCAACUUUCCCACAAUGAAACACCUUUGGUAAGGAAAGCAGCUGCAAAAAAUCUUGGAAAGUUUGCUGAGACUAUUGAGCAGCCCUAUCUGAUGAAUUACAUCAUGCCAAUGUUCAAGUAUCUGAGUCAGGACGAUCAAGAUUCUGUCCGUUUAUUGGCUGUCAAGAAUUGUGCAGCUUUAGGGAAGCUAUUGGAGCCACAAGUUUGUCUAGCAGAGAUUCUCCCUGUCAUAAUUAGGCUAUCACAGGAUGAUUCUUGGAAAGUUCGUUACACGGUUGCAGAUCAAAUUUGUGAACUAUGUGAGACAGUUGGACCAGAUGCUACCAGGACGGAGAUGGUCCCUGCAUAUGUUCGUCUACUUCGUGAUAAUGAAGCUGACGUCCGCAGAGCUGCAGCUGGUAAAGUCACCAAGUUUUUCCAGAUAUUGAGCCCCGAGCUUCCAGUCCAGCGUAUCUUGCCUUGUGUCAAGGAACUAUCAUCAGAUCAAUCCCAGGAAGUUCGUUUUGCUUUGGCUUCAGAUAUUAUGGGACUGGCUCCUAUUUUAGAAAAGGAUCAAACUGUUGAGCAGCUUCUCCCAAUAUUCCUCUCUCUUCUAAAGGAUGAGUCCACUCAAAUUCGUGUGAACAUUAUUAGUAAGAUUGAUCAAGUGAACCAGGUGAUUGGAAUUGAUCUGCUUUCCCAAGCACUGCUGUCAGUUAUUGAUGAACUUUCAGAGGCUAAACACUGGAGAGUUCGGGUUGCAUUAAUUAACUUCAUCCCUCUAUUGGCCAGUCAGCUCGGUGUUGGCUUUUACAAUGACAAAAUUGGUGCUCUUUGCAUGCAAUGGUUAACAGAUGAGGUUCACCAAGUUCGAGUUGCAGCAGCUAAUAAUCUUGAACUCCUCGCAAUUAAAUUUGGUCCAGAAUGGGCAUCAGAGCAUAUAAUUCCACAGGUUUUGGACAUGGUUAAUGACCGGCGUUAUCAGUAUCGCAUAAACAUACUUCGCACACUUUCUCUUCUUGCCCCUGUAAUGGGCUCAGAGAUUACUACUUCCACAAUUUUGCCAGUUAUAUUUGCUGCUUCAACAGACAGGGUACCUAAUGUCAGGUUCAAUGUGGCAAAGGUGUUGCCGUCUCUUGUUUCUGUAGUUGAUCAAUCUGUUGUGGAACAAAGAAUUCGGCCUUGUUUGAAUAAACUCAAUCAGGACGAGGAUGCUGAUGUUAGGUUUUUUGCCAACAAAGCCCUACAGGCAAUCUAUCAGUGAUAUAUGUCUAGUUAAGUCAGUUUGAUACGUCGAAAAUAGUAGUUUUCUCCUUGUUGAUACUGAAUACUGAAGAUAAAGGUGAAUGGCGAUGAAA